AUGCCGCCCAAACAGUGGAUUGACAAGAAGAACGCGACCAAGUUCCAGCUUUUCCACCGAUCCCAAAAUGACCCGUUGAUCCACGAUGACGAUGCGGACGACCGUUUCCUUUACCAAGUCGCAGGCCCCGCGCUUGUCGAGGCACCAUCUUCUGCAUCGACAACCUCGAAAAAGAAGUUGCCCAAUCUUUCCGACCUCCAAUCAGAGUAUGGUGACAGCGCUCGCAAGAAUGAGGGCGAGGCCGCCAACCACGGAAUCUACUAUGACGACUCUAGCUACGAUUACAUGCAGCAUCUCCGCGAUCUAGGCAGCGGCACUGGAGAUGCCUACUUCAUUGAGGCUAAGACGGAGAAGGGCAAGGGCAGGGCUGGUCGAGGCAUGAAGCUGGAAGAUGCGCUGCGACAGGUCUCGCUCGUGGAUAAAGAUACUUAUGCCCCGAGCGCUUCCGGUGGUGCCAGCGUUUAUGGCUCGCAGUAUGGCGAUAUGCGUUCAAAUGCUUCGUCCUAUGUCCGCCAGCCAACCUACCAAGAUCAGCAGGAUAUUCCAGAUGCCAUCUCAGGAUUCAAGCCUGAUAUGGACCCGCGUCUACGAGAGGCCCUGGAGGCAUUGGAGGACGAGGCCUACGUGGAAGAGGGCGAUGCAGACGAUAUCUUCGGCGCGUUGACAGCGAAUGCUGAGGAAAUCGACCAGGGUGACUGGGAGGAUACCUUGUUUGAUGAUGACUACGAGGAUGAUGGAUGGGAGUCGGAUGCGACGGAGAAAGCGCCUGUGCAGCCGGACAGCACCGAUAUUCAUGAUGAUUCCCAUCAGUCAGUGGACGAGGAAGCCUCAGAUGCCCCCGCAAUGCCACCAGUUCCGACCGGCGAGUUGCCUGACCAUGACAAGCCGGCUCCCGAUAUGCCCGCUGACCAGAGCUGGAUGAACGAGUUUGCUAAGUUCAAGAAAGACGCCAAGGCCGUCAAUGCUCCCAAACCGGCUGCACCCACAAUUGCCGCCUCGCAGACGAUGGCGUCGACCGUCUUCACUGCUGGUGGUACCCCGAUCCGCCGCAAGAAGCGCAAGGGUGCUCUUACCAACCCGUCUGCGUACUCGAUGACAUCCUCCGCCUUGGCUCGUACUGAGGGCCAUCGUCUUCUCGACGACCGUUUCGACAAGGUUGAGCAACUCUAUGCUCUCGACGAAGAAGAUGAGUACGAUGAUAGCAUGUCGAUGGUUAGCGGCAUGACAGGUAUGACGGGUAUGACUGGUAUGACUGGCAUGUCCACCGCAUCAUCAGUUGCCCCCAGUCUGGUUGACGGCAAUGGUCAAGCAGUGCACAGCAGCCACAAUUUCAACAAUGUCAUGGAUGAUUUCCUUUCGAGCUGGGAUCCCAACACCAGUAAGCAAGCGAAGCGUCACGGCGCCAAAAACAAGCGUGGCAAGAACGGCAACGAGGUAAUCGGUAUCAGGAUGCUCGACGAGGUACGAUCCGGUCUUGGUCCUGCUCGGAUUAGGAGCAAGCUUCCUGGAAACGCUUGA